AACUUGGCCCGACGCCCGCGUCGGGGCGCAACGGUGGCCGGCGCCGCCGCCUGGCGUGCCGCGGCGUUCCCCUCGUGCUGUGUUGGAAAAGCGAACGCGCGGGGACGGUCGCCAGUUCUCGCGUGGAAGUGCUCCGAGCCGGCCGCUCCGAGAGAGCUCGCCUGCUGCUCCGCGUGUGCUCCGAAGGGGGACUGCCUCGUGCAGUGUGUGGUGCCGGCGACAAGGAUUUGCCGCGGCGGUGCCUGUGCGACGGUGUGUGAUCGGUGCAUCUUGGCGGAGCCGUCUUCCGGUCGUUGACUGAACGUUGCUGCGCCGUCGGUCCGAGCGGGGUUCGCCGCUUCGUCUGGAGCCUCGUGACAGUGGAUACGGCGUCGGGGUCCUGACUGCGUGAAUUAGGAGUCAAGCCUCGACUUGGACCGGGAGAUACGGAGGAUUACGUGUGCCUGAAGCUUGGAUUUGAUGUUUCUAGGAACGGCCGAUUUAGAAGCUCCAGUCGACGAAGAAGUCGCCAUGCCCAAGUUAAAGUCGAAAGUUUUCUAGUUCAUGAAGAGGAAGAAGGUUCUAUUUUGGAUUACCUGACCUUCUCUGCUUCAUCCAAUGGAUCACGCAACUUUUAGGACGACGCAGGGGCCUCGUUCCAGCGGCCGGAGCCGACGUGGCUGCAGUCGGUUCAGGUGAAGGAGCCGGAAGACGCUCUUCGAGGCACGGAGACACGCCCGGCUUAUCAGGCGCCCCGGCCAUCCUUCCCUCCCGUCCCCGAGUGCGCCUAAGCUGGGCCAUCCUUCCGGCCCGCUGUGCCCCUCUUCCCCAGAAACUCGGAGGAGCCUCCCCAGAGGACAACGUCGCACGAGAUCACUCGAGGGGAACUGAGCCCUUCCCCAGGACCCGGUGGUGCCCGGUCGAUUCUCAAAAGAAGACCCCCCGCCCUCACUCCCGGGAUUGGGACGUCGCUCCGCUUUCUGCGUUUCUUCUUCGUGAAAGUGAAGUGUCGUUCGUGCUCCGCCGAGGACGCGGCCUGUCGGUUUCUUUUUUUUCUUUGGUUUCGACAAUGAGAAGUGUUGGUGAAGUUCUAGCCCCAUCGCAGCGUGCGUGAAGUUUCCUCAUCGAUGUGCUUCGGAACGCCCACUAUGGUGUUACGGCCGUGCGUGAGGACUCCGUGCCGCGCCAAGCGUCACUCCGGAGUGACGCUGGCGGUGGUGCUGCUGGUGGCGACGUCCUUACCAGGACUGUGCGCGGCCGCCCACUACGUGCUGGCCGAGGACUGCGACUGGCGCACGACGCAGCAGUCGUCGAGCACCGAGAUCGCCCUCAAGUGCCGCUUCCAGGCGAUCCGCGCGGGUCCCGACGGGACCAACUUCAGCCUCAUCCAGCCGGACCACACGACCAGCCUGACAGUGUUGUGCGGUUCGCUGUUCACCGAGAGCCGACUCGGCAACGGGACCUUUUCCACGCUGAGGUUCCUCCGCACGCUACACAUGGAGCAGUGUAAACUGGCGGAGGUGCCGGACUCCGCGCUGGCGGGACUAGUCGAACUAAGGAACCUCACCAUCCGGACUUACAACGGCGACUGGGGUGCGCUGUCGCUGGCCCUGGGCCGGCGAUCGCUCUCUCCACUGAAGCUCCUGGAGCGGUUAGACUUGGGUCACAACAACAUGAUUUCUGUGCCCCGGUCGCCCUUCUGUGAGCUGGGGAACCUCAAGUCUCUCAACCUCACUCACAACAGCUUCGAGGACAUGACCAACAUGGGCUUCAACGAGUAUUCCGAAGACAAGCCCAAGUGUCUGGAUGAACUCGUGGAGCUGGACCUGUCCCACAACAAGCUGAGGUACAUCGACGACCGGGCAUUCAUGGCACUCCGAAACCUGCGCCUGCUUUACCUCCAACGCAAUCAGCUGACGCAGCUCGUCGAAACCGCCUUCGGUGCCCUCGGUCGCCUGCAAGUAGUCGACAUGUCGCACAAUCAGUUGAACACCAUCCCACCCAAGCUGCUGCACGGCUCCGUCGACCUACGCGAACUGUAUCUGCAGAAUAACUCGUUGGGACUUCUGUCACCUCACACGUUCACCGACUUGCAGCAGCUGGUCAUCCUGAACUUGAGCCACAACCAGAUUUCCAGCGAGUGGAUAACGCACGAUACGUUCGCCGAUCUUAUUCGCCUGGUCAUCCUAAACCUGAGCCAUAAUCUGCUGAGGCACAUUAACGCCACGACAUUCCAAUCUCAGUACAGCUUGCAGAUCUUAAACCUUGACCACAACCAGAUUGAAGCCAUUGACGACAAUGCCUUUUCUUCGCUUUACAAUCUCCAUACUCUGAUUCUGAGCGACAACAGACUGCGGCACCUGGACAUCUUCACUCUGAACGGACUCUACGUGCUCAGCAACCUUGCCCUAGAUCGGAACCACCUGCAGACGAUUCAUCUAGAAGGCUUCAAGAAUUGCAGUAGCCUUCAAGACUUGCAACUUUCAGGAAACAGACUAGCAGACGUUCCAAAUGCUCUUCAGUUCUUGAGGUUUCUCAUAACGCUGGAUCUUUCCGAAAACGUUAUAACAAAUAUAACGAACACUACCUUGUCGGGAAUGACGAAUCUUCACAUCCUCAGGCUCUCGGGUAACCAGAUCGGCAAUAUGACAAGAGGAACGUUCCAGGAACUGAAGUCGCUGAGGAGGCUCGAUCUGUCCAACAACAAAAUCACAGCUUUGGAGCACGGGAUUUUCGAUGAUGCUGCCGCUUUGAAUGUGAUCCUUUUGAACGACAAUCUUUUGAAGGACAUCAAUGGACUCUUUAUGAACUUGGCGCACCUGAGGCUGCUAAACGUGUCGCGCAAUGGGAUCACAUGGUUCGAUUACGCCCUGGUACCGCGUCAACUGAAGCAUCUUGAUAUCCAUGACAACGAAAUUGAGACUUUGGGUAACUACUACGAACUCGAAGACAAAAUGCACCUUAAGAUCCUCGAUGCGUCGUACAACAACAUCAAGGAAAUCAAUGCGGCUUCAUUUCCAAACCAGGUGGAAGUGAUUUCUCUUAGCAUGAAUCGAAUCAGCAUUAUUCACCCGUUCACGUUCAUGGCCAAGCACAACCUGACCAAAGUCAACCUGACCCAUAAUCGCUUACAGAACGUAGACAUAAACGCUUUCCGCCUCAAGCCCAUUUCGUCGAAAGUGAUCCUUCCGGACUUCUGGAUUGCUGACAACCUCUACUUCUGCGACUGCACCAUGGAGUGGCUCCAGCGGAUCAACAAUUUGGACGAGAUUCGCCAAUAUCCGCGGGUUGUGGAUCUCAACGAAGUAAUGUGUCAGAUGCCGUUCGGCCGCAGGAAGCCACGGAUGCUCCUUUCGGACGCCAAUUCCUCAGACUUCCUAUGCAAAUACAAAAGCCACUGCUUCGCCCUAUGCCACUGCUGCGAGUUCGACGCUUGCGAUUGCGAAAUGGUCUGCCCCGAAAACUGCACGUGUUACUCGGAUCAGACGUGGAACACCAACAUUGUGGACUGCAGCUUCACGUCGUACGGCGCCAUCCCGCCUCGUGUUCCCAUGGAUGUCACGGAGCUGUACCUCGACGGCAACGACAUGUCCCAUCUGUCGAGUCACAGCUUCAUCGGACGCAAGAACCUCAAGGUCCUCUACCUGAACAACAGCAACGUCCAAACGAUCCACAACCGCACCUUCAACGGGUUGGUCGGCCUUCAGGUUCUUCACCUCGAUCACAACAAGGUGACUGCGCUUCAUGGCUUUGAGUUCGAGAACCUCACGAACCUACGCGAGCUGCACCUAUCCCACAAUCGGCUCGCCACGGUGAGCAACAGGACGUUCGUGUCGCUCAAGUCCCUCACGAUUCUCUACCUGGACAACAACUACAUCGUCGAGUUCCAGGUGUGGAACUUCAACUACAACCCUUCCCUCAGUGACCUUCGGCUGGGCCACAACCCGUGGUCCUGCGGCUGUCGUUUCAUGGAGAACUUCCAGGACUGGGUGCACAUGUUCGGGGCGCCCCUCAAGGACUCCGUGGCCAUCCGCUGCCGCCAGAACCAGACCAUGGGGCCCUUUUUGCUCGAAUUCAACGCCACGGCGUGCACCAACUUCACGGCCGUCACCUACUUCCAGGCCGUGUUCUCGGACAACUACAUGCCGCUCCUCAUCGUCUUGCCUUCCGUGGUCGUGCUCCUGCUUUUCGUGCUCGUGCUAGUGCUCGUGUACCGGAAGCAGAUGAAAGUGUGGGUGCACAGCAAGUACGGCGUGCGUUUGUUCCGGCGCAGCCAGUACGCGCCCGAAGUGGACAGACUCUUCGACGCCUUCGUGUCCUACUGUAAGAAGGACGAGGCCUUCGUGGCGCAAAUCCUGGCGCCCGAGCUGGAGUGCGGCAGCCACCCGCCGUUCCGGCUGUGCCUUCGCUACCGCGAUCUGCCCAUGUCGGGCUACGUGGCCGAGGCCAUCACCGAGGCCGUCGAGUGCAGCCACCGGACACUGGUUGUGCUCUCGGAGCAGUUCCUCAAGAGUGAGUGGUGUCGCUUCGAACUCAAGACGGCGCACCACGAGCUGCGCUGCAACAGCAGGCACCGGCUCGUCGUGGUGCUCCUCGACGACGUAGCCGUGAAAGAGAUGGACGCCGACGCGCGCCAGUGCCUCCGCUCGGCGGUGCUCCUGCGCUGGGGGGACAAGAGGUUCUGGGAGAAGCUGCGCUACGCGCUGCCGGACGCCGCCCGUGCAGGCCGCAAGCAGGUGGUCGUGAACCAGGCGUCCGAGGUCACCGUGUGUCCGCCGCACCUCAUGUCCUCCACGCGCUGCCCCAACAACGCGAUCAAGCUGGUCUGACACUCUACGCUUGUGUGGACGCGACGGUGCGGCGGACAAAACACGUGCACCCACCUUUGGUCCCGGUCCCCCCGCUGACGCGACGCGGCUCCGGCUGAGCGACGCGGACUCCGCGCCGGCACAACCACAGAGGGCGCAAGAGCGCGCCACGACCGCGCAGUUAGGAGGUAGGACGCCUUGAGAGCCUGUAGUGCCUUUCCUUUUUACACGUUUUGUACCGAGGUAGAGCGGUCGGAGCCUUAGCGAAACGCGGUAGCCCCUCGUGGACCAUGAUUUUGCUCGCGUGUCGCCGAGACGUAGCGUAGCGUUUUCUUUGUCGUCUCUCAAGAGGGCCCGGACCAAAGGUGCGUUCGUGCACCCACUGACCAAAGUGAACGCUGCGCCUGGUGCGCGUAAACAAAUAAGAACUUUAUUCCGUUGCCAAAAUAUAGUGCGUGUUCUUCGAGACACCUCUGGACUUCCCAGCAGCAAGCACACCAACGGAGUGCUCGUGUCAGCUGUGACCGUCGUGAACUUUCUUGGACAAACGAAGAAGAUAUCUGCGGUAUAUCUAGUAGUUCCUGUAAACAAGACAAAAUGAAUCUGUAUAUAGAAGUAUUUAAAGUCGGCCACGUAAACCCACAAAAGCCUUUUUUUUUUUUCUCGCGAAUUUUAGAUUACACUAGAAUGGUUGUGUGACUCAGAUUUCGCAUCUCCUUGCUGUUUCGUUGCGAUGCUCGUGCCGCCUUCCAAGGUGUUCGGCGACCCCGUCGAACGCUGCCCUCCCGCGGGGGCCCUGCCUUCGGCCCCCCUAUUUAUUUGUCCCCCUCCCCCCUGUGUGUGGCGCGGAGACGUAUUUAUGUUCCUAGCCUUAAUCGAGAGUCAGCGCUCUGUUUUCCUCCAGCUUGUUUCAUUUCUGCCGUAUCCCGGCCUUCCACCAGUCAGUUUUAAAAUCGGGAAGCCGGGAUUGCCUUGUCGUCUUGUCGGUACCAUGGCGGUCAGACAGCGAGCAGGUUGAACAGAGUUUCGUUCUUUUUACGAAGGCGUCUCUCACACUGGAAGCCUCUGUUUGUACAUAACUUCGACAUGUUUUAUUUGUCGCGUGGCCAGCCCCUUAUACAUAUACUGUGUUCCGAGAUGGCGCUGUGUGUUAGCGCUGCGAUUAGGGGUGAAGAAGAAAGCAACAGAGAAGUAAGAUGCAUACUUUUGUACAAAGUCUCAGCGAAAUAGACGAGGAAAUGGUAACCGCAGGCCUGUGUGAUAGUGGCAACUAAGAAGGAACGGGGCAAAAACCGUUUCAGGAAUUCCCAUUUGCUCGCGAGGUCCUCGACGUUGGUACAGUGGCAGGCUGCUUAGGUUGUACAGGAAGGAAGCAGCCGGGGACUUUCCAUUGUAUUGUUGUCGUUUCUUUUUCAAAUGCGCGUUAGUCAUAGAGUACAAAAGAACUUCUUGAAAUAGCGAUUUUUAAAAAGGAAUGCCAGUGUACGGAAACUACGUUCCUCCGAAUUGCGCUGUAGGUUAAAAAGCAUCGGGAAAACUGAAAGAUAAGUUGUCUCUCUGCUAAAUCGGGCCCUUUCCUCGAGAUGCUUCAGUGUAUGAAUGGCUUGUAGCAGUGAGUUGCCUAAAUUCCGUGCAUGUGGCAGCCUUCAAUAUGCAAAACGUGGGGACAGAACGUGUGAAAGUAGUAAAAUGUUGAAAAUUUUGUUUGUUAGACCGUGCGCUUGCGACGUCGAGGGGCGAAUUCCUCUCUACGAGUGUAAAAGAAAAAAAAAAAAACGUCACAGCAUGGCCCGUCUUGCUAGCAUUACAACUGUGAUAUAUUAAUAAAAAAAAAGAACAACUUC